AAAGUAUAUUGUUUAGACCAGUUCUAAAAUUAAGCUUGCAGAAGCAUAGUGCACUUUCUCUUAAAAAAGUGUCAGAAAUAAAACCAAUUUAAGGGAAGUAUCUCGCAGAGGAUUUUCUCCAGUAAAUAAAUCGUGUUUCAGACAGAAGUGACUGAUACUGGUUUGAAAGCCUGCUGCAAAUGAAAGUUGUGUAAAUGGCUUUGAACCAGGAAACUGGUAACGCGAAGGGAAGAGUCAGACUGUGUAGAUGCAGUAUUUCUGGAGCAUGACAGGGUUUGGUUUUUUUUUUUUCUUUUUUUUUUUUUCUUCUUGAUUUAACAAGUUGAAAAUCUGCUGAAUAAUUCAUGAAGAGUGGAAGGGCUGAAUCUUCCUGGAAUGAUAUACAGUGUACGUAGCGUGGCACAGGAGAAACUGCAAAGCUUUGUAUCAGUUGCUACCGUUUCUGCUGCUGAUUGCAAGGUGCUGCUGCUCUUCACAUUUUCACAGCUCCAGAAGCCUCAGCCGUGCUCUGGUCUGCUCACAGCCAUCCGCUCUCUAUGGACCCACCUUCGCUACCUACACGCUGUGGGAUCUCAUAGUACUGCGUGCCUUGGACACUGCCAUUCUCUCACUGCGCACUGUGUGUUCUGGACCUUGCAGCCCGUAUGACUGGAACAUGCCUUAAGAGUCCCUCAGCUGCACAUCCUCCCUUGUGCUUGGUGGGGGACUCCUGCAGCAGGAUCUUCUGACCCAGACCAGGAUGGGAUUUACAGGGAGAAGCCAAAACUGAGCUGCAUUCAGCGAGAUGCCCAACGCCUCUUCCUGGAGUGCCAGCUCGCCUCUGCUGCUGCUCUGGGAGGACUCCUCUGGGACCCGCAUCUUCCUCUCGCUGCUCUACGCAGUCUUGGCUAUCUCGGGGACCUUAUCCAAUGUGAUGGUCAUCUAUUUGGUCUUCUCCUUCAAGAAGCUGCAGACAACCAGCAAUGCCUUCAUCGUGAACGGCUGCGCGGCAGACCUGAGCGUGUGCGCCCUGUGGAUGCCCCAGGAGGCUGUGCUGGGGCUGCUGCCGCCCAACUCCUCCUCCCUUCGCUCCGCAGAGUACCGGCUGCUGCGAGGGGGGCUCCUGGGCCUCGGCCUCACCGUGUCCCUCGCCUCUCACCUGCUGGUGGCCUUCAACAGGUACGUGCUCAUCACCAAGCUGCCCAGCGUGUACCAGGCCCUCUACCAGCGGAGGCACACGGGCUGCAUGAUCGGGCUCUCCUGGGCCCUCGCCCUGCUCCUGGUCCCGCUGCUGCCCGGGCUCUGGACGCCAGGCUCUGCCCAGCAGCCGCAGCUGCGGCAGACGGACGGCAGCUCCCGCUACACCGCGCUGCUCCUCGCCCUGGCCGUGCUGGGCCAGACAGCGCUGCUGUUACACUGCUACCUCGGCAUCGUGCGGCGGGUGCGGGGCAGUGCCAAGCGGGUCAGCGUCCUCAACUUCCACCUCCUGCACCAGCUGCCCUUCCCCGCCGCGCCGCCGCCGCCCCGCCGCUCCCAGCGCCGCCUCAGCAGCGUCUCCGUCCUGCUGCUGUGCUGCGUGUUCCUGCUGGGCACGCAGCCGCUGGUCUGGGUCAGCCUCCUGGGCUUCUUUCUGCGCCCGGCGCCGCCAGCGCUGCAGGCCGCCAGCUGGCUGCUGCUCUGCGCCCUCUCGGCCCUCAACCCACUGCUCUACACGUGGCGCAGCGAGGAGUUCCGCCGGGCGGCCCGAUCCGUCCUGCCCCGCGCCGACGGGCCCGCUGCCGCACCGCGGCCCGCCUCGGCCGCCGCCGGCCCCGCCGCCGCACCGCCCUGCCCGCAGCUGCCCAGGCGGCGAGGCACGGGGGGCAGCGCCAGCGGCAGCGCAGCGCCGCGCUGA